UAAGUAUAGAGACCUAACUGUACAGGAGACGACCAGUGUUAUUACUCAGUACAAGGACCUCAAACCUGUCAUGGAUUCAUAUGUUUUUAAUGAUGGCUCAUCUAGGGAGUUGAUGAGCCUCAGUGGAACCAUUCCUGUGCCUUACAGAGGUAACACAUACAAUAUCCCAAUUUGCUUGUGGCUGCUGGACACCUACCCUUUCAACCCCCCAAUUUGUUUUGUUAAACCCACUAGCUCAAUGACAAUAAAAACUGGGAAGCAUGUUGAUGCAAAUGGAAAGAUAUACCUUCCUUAUCUGCAUGAAUGGAAAUACCCCCAGUCAGACUUGCUAGAACUGAUUCAGGUCAUGAUUGUUGUGUUUGGUGAGGAACCUCCAGUCUUUUCUCGGCCUACCGCUUCAUCAAUCUACCCACCAUACCAGGCAACAGGCCCACCAACUACUUCCUAUGUGCCGGGCAUGCCAGGUGGAAUAUCUACCUAUCCAGCAGGAAGCACUCCAAACCCGAGCUACCCAAACUAUCCUUAUACGGGUGGUGUUCCAUUUCCAGCAACCACUAGUGUUCAGUACUACCCUUCUCAGCCUCCUGUGACUACUGUUGGACCCAGUAGAGAUGGAACCAUCAGUGAGGAUACCAUUCGAGCUUCCCUCAUUUCGGCAGUCAGUGAUAAACUGAGAUGGCGGAUGAAAGAAGAAAUGGAUCGUGCACAGGCUGAACUCAAUGCCUUGAAACGGACAGAAGAGGACCUGAAGAAAGGACACCAGAAACUGGAAGAGAUGGUAACUCGCCUGGAUCAAGAAGUGGCUGAAGUUGACAAGAACAUUGAACUUCUCAAGAAGAAGGAUGAGGAGCUCAGUUCUGCCUUAGAGAAAAUGGAAAAUCAGUCAGAAAAUAAUGACAUAGAUGAAGUGAUUAUUCCUACGGCACCGCUUUACAAGCAGAUCCUGAACUUAUAUGCAGAGGAAAAUGCAAUUGAGGACACCAUCUUCUACCUUGGGGAAGCAUUGAGACGUGGAGUGAUAGAUCUAGAUGUCUUUUUAAAGCACGUACGUCUUCUGUCUCGCAAGCAGUUCCAGCUGAGGGCAUUAAUGCAGAAAGCAAGGAAGACUGCUGGACUCAGUGAUCUCUACUAAAUUCUCAGACUUUAACCGGGACGUUAGAUUUCCUUAUGAAGCAGCCAUUCUCUUGAUAUUUCUCUUAAUCAGUAGGUGCCCAGAAUAAGUUAUUACAUCAUUCAAGUGUAAGAUAUUUUGAAUCAAUAAUAUAUUUUCUUUUUGGUAAAGACUAGCUUUUAUUAAUGCACUUUCUAUCUCCUGUAAUCUUUGUGCUGGUGGACUUACGCUGAAUAAAACUUAUUGCAUACUUUCUUCCUCUA